AUGACAGCAAUUCAACAGUCAUAUUCAUUUGACUGGGCUGGCGAUGCUUUCACUGCCAUGCAGCAGUCCAACGCAAGCCCACAGCAAGCCAAGUGGGCGACUGCCUUCAGCAAUCCCACCUCUAUGCCGCCCCAGCAGUCCUUCUCCAUUCCACCUUCCCUGCUUACACACGCCACAAUGGAGCGCUAUGGUCAAGUCACCCCGCCAGAAGAACACUCCCCAGUUCAACCCAAUCGCGAAGAUCGCGAAGGCUCAAUUCCCGUCGACGAAUUGCGGAACGAGACCGCCCUAAGGCCAAAGCAAGAACCCUCGCCACACAUGUCGCCCGCAAAGCGACAACGCCCUAGUCGCCAUGAUUCGGCCAAUCAGGAUAUGGUUGCCGGCGAACUGCCUAGCGCCGCCGUCCCGCAACACCAAGACAAUGCCGACGGCAACCCCCAGCCGCCAAAGCGUAAGCGGGGCAGGCCCAAGUCGCAACCUCAGAUGAUUGAGGCCUACACUGCAGACGGCUAUCCCUUCCAGGUCUCUUCGGCCCGACAGACUCAUCUCGAGAAGAACCGUGUCGCUGCUCACAAAUGCAGGCAGCGCAAGAAGGAGUACAUCAACAGCCUCGAAGGCCGCGCACGCGAAUUCUCCGCAAAGAACAAGAUGCUCAAGGAGAAUGUCGCUCUCUUACGUGAGGAAGUCCUUGACCUUAAGAACGAAGUACUGGCCCAUGCUGGCUGUGGCUUCUGGGCCAUCGACGAGUACCUAGCAAGAUGUGCUGGUGGCCUUCUCGGUAUGGAUGCACCUGCACCUGGUAUGCCUGGCCACCACGCUGCACCACGGCUCAACAACAGCAACCACAGCCCCGUCAUGACUUCCCCUAACACCGUUCACCAACAUGCCCGGGAGACCAUAGUUGGCUAUACAUCAACGGAUACCUUGAUCAACAUACUGUCUUCCUUGUGGUGUGGUGUGGUGGUCUGCACUUCCUCCAUGGCCAUCCUGACCGAUCUAAAUCCCAACAACACGCAUCCUGUUGCCCCACGACCUGUCGUUCUGAUCACGCCUCGCUUACCCGCUACGCCUAGCAGUCCCCACUUCUUGUCAAACGUCAAGUCAGCCGCAACCAGAGAUGACGUAUCAAGCGACCACUCUUAUUGGCUCCCGGAAGGUCUCUCCGGAGCACACGAAGUCCAACACUGUUCAAGACACCAACUUCUGGCGUACCUCGUUGCUGUCAGCGUUAGUACGCGUUGCGUACCACAGGCUGAUUCGGGCCUUCUACAACGGCCCUUUGUCCCGCGCGGCAGCCCCGUUCAUGCCGGACAUACAUGCACCUAA